CUUCAUUCCGGUGUCUGCUCCUUCACUGGUCGCUGGCAUGUCCGGCGAGUCAGAGAAGAAGAUCCGCGAGCUGUACGAGGAGGCUAAGAAGCUCGCUCCGUGCUUGAUUUUCAUCGACGAGAUUGACGCGAUCAUGGGCAAGCGCGAGAACGCACAGAGAGAGAUGGAGAAGCGGAUAGUGGCACAGAUGCUGACAUGCAUGGACGAUCUGGAUCCGGAGAGCAUGGGAGGCAAAGUGGUUGCGACAAUUGCCGCCACAAAUCGGCCGGAUAGCAUCGACCCGGCACUGCGGCGAGCGGGCCGUUUCAACAGGGAAGUCAGCUUGGGCAUACCGAAUGAGAAGGCGAGAGAGGCCAUUCUCAAGAAGCUGUUACAGAAGUGCAGAGUGGUAGAGGGCAUGGACUACAAGCAGAUUGCGCGGAGGACACCUGGAUUCGUCGGAGCCGAUCUGAAAGAUGUCGUCUCUACAGCCCAGAGCGACCUCAUGCGAGACCUCAUGUCCGAAAUCAUUUCACAAACACCAUCGACAGAUAUGGACGUCGACGGGGACGAUCAGCAACAAGAACAAUUAUCAGCGCCGAUCCGACUGAUUCGGUCAUUGGCCGCUUCCAAGGGCACGCUGAUACCUGAGGACAAGAUGAUCCUAACCAUGGAGUACAUCAUGAGCGCGGUGUCCAAGGUACAGCCAUCUUCCAAGCGAGAAGGCUUCACAACGAUACCAGACACGACCUGGGCGCACGUGGGCUCGCUCCACGAUGUCCGCGAGCAGCUCGAGCUUGCAAUCGUCAAGCCCAUCCAGAAACCCGAGAUGUUUGCCAAGCGCGGUCUCGAGGCGCCCUCGGGCGUUCUCCUGUGGGGGCCGCCGGGAUGCGGAAAGACACUGCUCGCCAAAGCCGUCGCCAACGAAUCCAAGGCCAACUUCAUCUCGGUCAAGGGCCCCGAGCUUCUCAACAAGUACGUGGGCGAGUCCGAGCGGUCCGUCCGGCAGGUCUUCAGCCGCGCGCGCGCGUCAGCGCCGUGCAUCCUCUUCUUCGACGAGCUCGACGCCCUCGUCCCGCGCCGCGACGGCACCUCGGUCGACGCCUCGGCCCGCGUGGUCAACCAGCUCCUCACCGAGCUCGACGGGAUGGGCAGCCGCGCGGGCGUCUACGUCGUCGGCGCCACGAACCGACCCGACAUGAUCGACCCGGCGAUCCUCCGGCCGGGCCGCCUGGGCACCAACAUCUUUGUGGACCUGCCCGACCCGGACGGCCGCGUGGACAUCCUGCAGACGCGCAUGCGCCGCCUCCUGCCGAGCUACAACAACAUGGAGCUCCUGGAGCGCGUGGCGCGCGACUCGCGCUGCGACGGCUUCAGCGGCGCCGACCUGGACAACCUGCACGUCGCGGCGGGCAACGCCUCGGUCCAGCGCGAGGAGAGCGGCUCCUCGGUCUCGGACUCGCUCACCGAGGAGGAUUGGGAUGCCGCGCUGCAGAGAGUACGGCCGAGCGUGUCGCAUAUGCACGCAGAGAAGUUUAGGAACCUCAAGGAGACUGGGUGGGAGUAAAAAAGCUGGGAGGUCAAGUGUGUCAUGUGUGGUCAGAGUCUUGGCUCGACUGCGCAGAUUACGUCACAACUUGAGUGGUCAGAUUCCCUUUUGGUUACUGCAAAGGGAGCAACGUGGACAUGAGAAAUCAAUAAAUAAACAAACCCGCGAUCUUUGCUUCUGCUGUAUGGUUCGCCUAUGGUGUCGUAGCCAUCUUCGCCCUGAUCACACUGUCUCUCGUGAGCGGAACGGAAAAGAGUCAUACACCAUUUGUUUAUACAAAUGACACGAUGCAGUUUCCGUCAAGAAUAUUCCAAAGAUGAGCCGUUACCUGCACGUGCUUUUUGAGUUUACCGAUCCUGGACCCUUGAAAGGCCUAGGCCACGCGAGAUG